AUGUCUGAGCAAAGAUUUGAACGAACAGUGAGAUUGAAUAGAAUGUCAGAUGGAGAAACACAAUCGACUUCAUCAUUUCUCCACACAAUAUUAAAUUUAUAUAGAGAUUUGAACAAUCGUUAUGAAAUUGAUACUGUGGUCGUUUCAACAAUUAAUCAGUGGUUAAAGAAUCACAAUAUCGAUCGAAAAAGACUUUUUGAUGUUGUAUACGAAAGACGAAACGACCCACUAUACAUAUUGUUCCUAGCAUUUCUCUAUCAAUGGGGAAUUGGAUGUAAUGUCGAUCCAAAAAAAGCAUUUCAUUAUAAUAUGGUUGCAGCACAGAAUGGUGAUCCACAAGCACAGAAUCAAGUGGGAGCAUUCUUUUACAUUGGGUUAGGAACAAAUCGAGAUCCAGUGAAUUCAUUUUACUGGUUUGAAAAAGCUGCAUCGAAUGGAUGUGCAACAGCGGCCAGUUGGUUAGGGAGUUUCUAUCAAGAAGGGAUCGUACCUUGUAAAAUAGAUUCGAACAAAGCUUUUCAAUUAUUUACACAAUCGGCUGAAGGUGGAGAUGCAAGUGGUCAAGCCAAUUUAGGACAAUGUUAUAAAGAUGGUAUUGGCACAUCGGUCGAUGAAACUAAAGCUGCUUAUUGGUAUAAAAAAUCAGCUGAAAGCGGGUGGCCGCCCGGGCAAUUUUGGUUCGGAACUUGCUUGUUUGGGGGAUUGGGUGUAAAAAAAAAUUUAAAAGAAGCUUUUUUUUGGUUUCAAAAAGCUGCAAAUGAAGGUGAUGAUCGAGGUCAAAAUUGGCUUGGAUAUCUUUAUCAACAUGGAAAAGGUGUGAGACAGGACAAAAUAAAAAGUGUAUAUUGGUAUAGAAAAUCAGCGACUGUCGGUCGAAAUCCAAGCGCGCUACAUAAUCUCGCUUAUUGUUAUAGAUUUGGUAGUGGGAUAGUAAAAGACACACACGAAUCGAUACGUUACUAUUACUUAGCUAAUAAAAGCCGGCAUAAAGCUGGCUAUGAAGGUAUAAGUCAAGUUUUUAUGGCAAUAUGA